AUGAACAGUAUAUCAGGCAAGAACCUUUCACAUUCAACCAACAUCUAACUUCUUGGAAAAUUUCAACAUGAAAAUAAUCUUGGAAUCACUCAGUCUCAAUUUAUUCAGCAUGCUAAACUCUCAUCAUUACCUAGCAUUAUGAUGACCAAAGGGUAAAUAGAUGAAAAUGCUUCAAUGAAAAUAAAUUUAAUUGAGAAACUAGUUGGGAAAUUGAAAGAAGGUAGGGAUAUUAAGAAGAGAUACAUGCAGAUGAUCCUUUCUUCCUCAAUCCAAUUAGAUAAGGAGAAGAUUGAUUUGGUAAAUCAAAGUUAGAAGUAAAUGCAACCAGUUACAAUUAUUGAUUAGCACAUGCUAAGACCUGACGCCUCUCUAGAAAAAUUUGUUCAGAUAAAUCCUCUUCUUGGCUUGAAAUACACAACUCUGGAAGACAUCAAAGAGGAACAUGAUAAAUAUAAAUCUCUUAUGUAAAAUCAUAAAAGCCUGAAUGAACUAUUAAGGGAUGAGAUUGUUGAGAAAAAAUCUGAGAGAGGAUAAAGAAAUAAGUUGAAUUAGAUUAUAAAUCAGAAUCAAAGUUUUGAAAUACCAAGUGCAUCCAAUCUAUCAACUCAUAUUAAAAGUGUAACUUUUUUUUUUGGAUCAUAAUUUAGAGAGACUUGCUAUAUUUAAGCCCAGAUUAGAAUCAAAGCUCUAGCCAAUGGUGUAGGCUUAGAUACUUUGAAAUCAGCAAACUCUGAGAAAAGGUCUAUGCUUAAAACUCUCAAUAGUAGAAUAAGACAAUAGAAUACAUCAUCAUUUACCAACAAUCAAAAUUCAUAGUUGUAAACUAAAAUUUAAGAGAACAAUAGUCUUCAAUAAACAAUAGUGAUGAAUAGCUUCGUCUCAAGGAAUGCUAAAUCAUAAGUUCACCCUACGCAUACUAAAAAUAACAAAAGCUAAAUUAUUAUGGGAUCACCUAGCAUUAUUAAAUUACUGCCAGCUGAGAGUUCAAAUGAAUUUACAAGACUCCCAACACAGAAUUUAAGUGAAUUCAGCACAGAUUAGAAUGGCAAGUACAAUAGAUUUAGACCACCUUAAGUACCAGAUGUUUAAGUUGUAUCCAAAUCUCAGAACUUUGAGAUUAAGCUACAAAAUAUGGAAAUAAUACAAUAGCCUCACGAUGCAUAGAAGAUCAGGUAGAAAUAAAAGGCUAAACUAGCAAGGUAUAAUCAUAAAAAAGUAGCUGAUUUAGGUAAUUAGUAGAAUAUAGGUCAGCUCAUUACUAUAUUAAAAUAGAACUCGAGGAAUAUAGAUGAUUCAUUAAAGCAAAACAAUGAAUAGCAUACUUACCAACCAAUUAAGCAAACUUUACAAAAUGACAGUUUUAAAGUAGAUAGCAGGAAAUCUCGAAUAUCUAGAGUUUAAAGUAAAAGCUAUCUUAAUAGUAAUAGCCAGAAUAGAAAAUAAUAAGUAAGCCAAGACACUGAAAUAACUAAUACUUUCUACAAAAGGUUUCCAAAUAUUUAAAACAAUAAUCUAACUAGCAAUGAAAUUGCCAAUAUAAAUAUAAAGUCUAACUUUGGAAUAAAUAAUAAAAGGUUAAGUGUCUAUGAUAAAGUAAAUAAGCAGGAAGAUCUUUUAAUGCACAGAGAAUACUCUAACGCAGACUUAAAACAAUAGGUUUCUGAUUUUGACUCAUAAGCUGAUCGCAAUUCUUCAAAUAUUGGAGGUUUUAUGAGCAAAUAAACCAGUUUCUCUAGGAUAUAGGUUCCCACAUAUAUCCAUAACAGAAUCUAGAACUAUAGGAAUUCAACAUCAUUUAUGGGUAAUAGAGAACUGCCUAUUGAGUUGCAAGUGACCAAGAAAGUAAUAGAUAGCUAUAGAAGAAGACAAUCAAAUGACUCAUCACAUCUAAAUCUCAAUUACUAUAAAGAAUCCCUCUAGGUUAUUCCAAUUUAAAAAUAGAAUGGCUAGACUCAACAGUAGAUAAAAAUGCCAAGAAAUGAUAAUAAAUGA